AUGAGGGUGGGAGCUGCAGCCUUGGCUGGGGGAAUAUUUGGAGCGUUGGGGACCAUAUGUUUCUUUCUGGCCUUUGGCACUGACUACUGGUUGGUGGCCAGUGACAACUGUGGACCUUACAUAUGGCCCACUGUAGAAACAACUGGAGAAAAAGAUGCCAAUGGGACUGAGCUGCAGUUCGUCACCAUUUCCCCUGCUUCUCUCACCCUCCACCACGAAGGCUUUUUUUGGCGCUGUGUGUUCCAGGUCGAACCCACCGCAGAUGCAGUCCUGGCAACAUUUUUCACAAACCAACCAGAAUCAAAGGUGUGUGUCCAUGGCUACCUCUUCCCAUUACCAGUUGCACUUGGGCCAGUACCUCAUCCCGAUUAUGAUGCUGCAGCAGUGCUUCGAGGGUUCUGGACAGUGUUUAUAAUUCUUGCACUGGUCUCAGCUCUGACUGGAAGCUUCCUCCUGGUCUGCGGGGUCCCCUUCAUCAGCCAUAAACUCUACAAACUGGGUGGAGCCUUUCCCAUCAUUGCAGCAUGCUUGUUCCUCUUCGUCUUGCUGCUCUUCGUACUGUGGAUGGAAGUGAUGGACGUGAAACGUUACAUUGUCCAAGAGAGAGGGGAGACAUGUACAGAUAUUCAGGUCUCGGUGCUCUACGGCCUGUCUUUCAUGGUGGCUGUAGCUGGCGUGCCCCUGGAGCUCCUCUCUGGGUUGAUCUUCAUGCUUGUGGGACGAGCGGUGCUUGCCAACAAGUGAGCAAGACCAUCUGGCGCAGGAGAGGGGACAACUGACCUUUUGGAGGCCUGCACGGGGACUGAGCAAAGAUUCGCACAAAAUCACAUUAUCGACCUUUGAAGGCAUUGCUGCAGAGACUUUUUUUUUUGUGUGCGUUGGGAGUGCAAGAGAGCAGAAAAUACUGUAAAAAGGGUCUAUGCCCAUAGAGAUCACAGACCCUACCUCAAUGGGCCUACACUUUUGUUACUCAUAAUGUAAAGUGCAAGAAGUACAAAUUACUGGCUAAAUAUGUGACACAGAGCAGAAGAAAUGUCAAAGACAUUUAUUUUAUCUAUUUAAGCACUUUCAAAUUUGAAUGACAGGAUUUAUUCUUCUAAAGUUUUGUUUUCCACUACUGAAUUCGGGGGGAUUUUCUGACAUUUUCUUAGUUUUUACAACAUCACUAAUAUGUUCAUUACUUUGCAAGAACUUACUGUCAAUGCUCGAUGUAAAUAUGUUGAUUUAUUAAAGAGGAAGUCACUAACAAAUCAAUCAUGAAAAAUAACAUAACAUACUGAGGAUUAUACAGCAACUCAUUGUAGUUAGUGUUGUUUACUUAAGCUCUUCUUUUAUAGAGCCACAAUUUGUGACACGAAACACAGACUAGCUCUAUCUGACUACCAUUGUUUUGGCAUUUUCCAUCCUUGUCCGGCUUUGUCAUCUUUUGAUUUAAUUAAAGAGAAAUUAUUAACCAGUUGUCAGUAUCAAAGAAGUCACACGUGAGAUAUAGCGACAUGAAAGAAUGUGGAUAAAUAACUCUACAAAUAUAUGCAUUUUCAAAUUCAAAAUUAAAUAGAAAUAAAACAAAUUAUGCCAACAGUUGUUCAAUAAGGUAACACAUAUGGCGUUGAUUUAGAAUAUUAACAAAUGUAUACUCGUGACAUGUUGAGUAGACUUAUUUUCAUACAUAGAGAAUGUUGCUUUAUUAUAUACAGUGCCUUGCAAGCAAAAGUAUUCGGCCCCCUUGAACCUUGCAACCUUUCGCCACA